GAGAGAGAGAGAGAGAGAGAGAGAGGAGAGAAGGGGGUGGGAGACCAGGAGCAGGAGGAGGACGGUCAUACAGCAGCGGAGUUCAGUCUCCGCACAACUCUUCCAGACCUCGGUAACAACAGCCUCGUCUCUCAGUCUGUGCCGAAGCCCCGAUGUCCGUGAAUAUUUCCACUCGCGUGUAACCAGAAGUGUGGAGGACGGCGGCCGCAGCGUGACUCGAGCUUCCGGGCAUUCCACGGGAACCAGCACGGACUAACCAGCAGACUCCCCCCCGAGCGCGGGGCUCGCAUCGUGGCUUUUUCACGGGUGGCAUGUUCCGGGGACACCGCGGGCGCAAUUGAACUCCUGCUUUCACCAGAAGAGGAUUCAAUGAAAAUGUCCGUGUGCGUCCAUGAGAACCGGAAAUCAAGGGCCAGCACCGGCUCUAUGAACAUCUACCUGUUCCACAAGUCCUCCUAUGCCGACAGUGUCCUCAUGCACCUCAACUCAUUGCGGCAGCAAAGACUUUUCACAGACGUCCUGCUUCAUGCAGGCAGCCGCUCCUUCCCCUGCCAUCGUGCAGUGCUGGCUGCCUGCAGCCGCUACUUUGAGGCCAUGUUCAGUGGUGGGCUGAGAGAGAGCCAGGCCAGCGAAGUCAACUUCCAUGACUCCAUCCACCCAGAGGUUUUAGAACUCCUGCUGGAUUAUGCGUACUCUUCACGUGUAGUCAUCAACGAGGAGAACGCAGAGUCACUACUGGAAGCAGGGGACAUGUUGGAGUUUCAGGACAUCCGAGAUGCCUGUGCUGAAUUCCUAGAGAGAACCCUUCAUCCGACUAACUGUCUUGGCAUGCUGUUACUCUCUGAUGCCCACCAGUGUAUCAAGCUGUCAGAGCUCUCCUGGGGCAUGUGCCUCAGCAACUUCCCAGCUAUUUGCAAGACAGAGGACUUCCUCCAAUUGCCCAAAGAUAUGGUGGUGCAACUUUUGUCACACGAGGAGCUAGAGACAGAAGAUGAGAGACUGGUUUAUGAAGCUGCUCUUAACUGGAUCAACUACGAUGUGGAAAAGAGGCACUGCCACCUACCAGAGCUUCUGAGAACGGUCCGCCUCGCCCUGCUGCCUGCCAUCUUUCUGAUGGAGAAUGUCUCUACAGAAGAGUUGAUCAAUGCCCAGGCCAAGAGCAAGGAACUGGUGGAUGAAGCUAUCCGCUGUAAGCUGAAAAUCCUGCAGAAUGACGGUGUUGUAAACAGCCCGUGUGCUCGACCAAGGAAAACCAGCCAUGCUCUCUUUCUACUUGGAGGGCAGACUUUCAUGUGUGACAAGUUGUACCUGGUAGACCAGAAGGCCAAAGAGAUCAUCCCCAAAGCGGACAUCCCCAGCCCCAGGAAGGAGUUCAGUGCCUGUGCCAUCGGCUGUAAGGUGUACAUCACUGGUGGGAGAGGCUCAGAGAAUGGUGUGUCUAAAGAUGUAUGGGUCUACGACACUGUCCAUGAGGAAUGGUCCAAAGCAGCUCCGAUGCUCAUCGCUAGGUUUGGCCAUGGUUCUGCAGAGUUAAAACAUUGUCUCUAUGUAGUAGGAGGCCACACUGCAGCAACCGGCUGCCUCCCGGCUUCUCCAUCCGUGUCACUCAAACAGGUGGAGCAAUUCGACCCAGUGGCGAACAAGUGGACCAUGGUGGCUCCUUUGAGAGAAGGCGUGAGCAAUGCAGCAGUAGUCAGCGUCAAACUCAAGCUGUUUGCCUUCGGAGGAACCAGCGUCACCCAUGACAAGCUGCCCAAGGUGCAGUGCUACGAUCCGCAGGAGAAUCGAUGGACAGUGCCCGCAUCUUGCCCGCAACCAUGGCGCUACACAGCUGCUGCCGUGCUGGGAAACCAGAUCUUCGUCAUGGGUGGGGAUACAGAGUUUUCAGCGUGCUCGGCUUAUAAAUUCAGCAGCGACACCUACCAGUGGACUAAAGUGGGCGAUGUAACAGCCAAGCGGAUGAGCUGCCAGGCUGUAGCAUCGGGGAACAAACUGUAUGUGGUGGGUGGGUACUUUGGCACACAGCGGUGUAAAACUCUGGACUGCUAUGACCCCACACUGGAUGCUUGGAACAGCAUCACUACUGUGCCGUACUCGCUCAUCCCCACUGCUUUCGUCAGCACCUGGAAACAUCUGCCUGCUUGAGACCCAAACUCUACCUGCACCGUUUUCAUAAGUUUUCCAAGUUUUGCAUCAUCUUCUGGACUCCAACUGUGAAGAAGCACACGAUCUCUUCCUCUGAAAGAGACAUUGAGCAGUGAUGUACAGACACCCACAUUCAUAUUAACGUUGCGAAGAUGCAGAAGCUGGACACUUCGCCAGAAUGAUGUCACCUCCUGUUGCAGAGAAGGAAGAUGAGACAUACAGUGACAGUCAUUCACGCAAACAAACCAAACAAACCGCUGCUUGUAAUUUGAGGCACACCCUUGUCCACAUCCAGCAUAUCAGGCUUUCAUGCUGCCAUAUGAGGACUGCAAGAAUAUGCCACAACCUGCAUUUUUCCCAUUUAGACACGGCAGGCUUGUGAUGCUUUGUAUGAUAAAAAGAAAAAAGAAAAAACACUCAUAGCAUGAUGAAUGUUCCGUUUAGAUGGAGGGAAGGAGAACGCAGUGAUUGGUGUGCGGAACAGAAAGCAACUUGGUUUGACUGAAUACAGCUGAUUUAUAAAAUGCACAAUGAAGGAGCAAACCUUCCCCUUCUGUCUUCUGAUAAGCUCUUUUGUUUGACCCUUUGUAUGUAUUUCUUUCUUUUUUCAAAGGCGUGCUUCUAACAGCUCACACACAGAAACAAACCUCUGAGUGUUCCUCUCAUGAAGGCCGUGGCACUUUGCUGUCACUGCAAGCCACGAGGUGUUGAUGCCCAACACCAGUUGAGGAGGAUGCAGGGGAUCUUUGCGUGGCCAUGAGGGCGGGGGUGGGUGGGGGUCAAUGUGCCUUGAGGGUCAUGACCUGAAAUGUUUGCAGCUGCACACUAACGCCUGCUGAGUGCCGGUUAACAGACCCACUGUACACAGGGGCGGUAUUCAGUGUCGUAUUCAGCUGUACACUUAAUGCUGUAAAAGAGCGGCUGUGCUUCUUCAGAUAAAAGCAGUGGCUUGCUUGCUGAGUCAUAGAUAAAGCCUUUUUAGAGCAUGUCCACUCAUAGUGACUCAGUGCAACUGGCAUGAACUCUUCUCUAUGGUCACAGAAAUCUUGUCACCUUAAUCUAAACUGAGAAUUUAAUCGGUUUCUUUUUUCAAACUUGCUGCAAUGUAGUCUUAAUUUAUAUGACGAUGUUUACUCUGUUAUGUUCAUAUGUUUAAUCCUAUUUAUUUCCUCUCUGCCUGCAUUCAUAUGUGAAACUAUGUUCGGUUUAUGUCGUGCAUGGCCAGGUGUUGUGUUUUAUUUGACCUCAGUUGGGCUGCAUUUUGCACAGUUCAGUCUUUUGCAGGAGAAACUUGUUCUUUUGAAAGAGACAGAGGUUCAACUCAUCAGAGCAUCGAUGGGAGAGGAAGAAUGACUCUGAUUACUGAUGACGUAAAGCAGUUUAAGCUUCUGCUUGAAUAAGAAGACUCAAUUGGGUUGAAAGAAUUAAUCAUUUUACUUUACAUAGACUCUAUUUAAGCUCUAACCUGGGUCCAAACCUAAUUUGCCCAUUGGGGCUCAAAUUGUACCAAAACAGACAAGAAGAUAUGAACCAUAAAACAGAUAAGACAGAUGGGCCGGUGCAGUGUGUGAUCCAGUGACUAUGAGGGACAUCAGAGAGGAAUCCUGACUUGGUUAAGAAUGUGAUGGUCUGUGCAGCUGUCCUUUGAGACAGCUGGAGAACUGUCACAUGUGCUAACUUGGCUCUUUGGGGUGCAAAGCCACAGUAUUCUUCAGCAUUAAGUGGAGAGAGAGUUGAAUCCAGUAAACUGUGCACCGAUAAGGGCAGACACCGCAGUGCUUUUCAUCAUCGUGUUAAUGAUGCACAUUAAAAAGAAAAAGAAAAACACUGCAAGUUCUUAAAGAACAGAAAGUGAGAAUGUCCUGAAACACGUGCAUAUGAAAUGCUUGGUAACUCUAAUCAGUGUUUUUGUCUGUGUGUCUGUUUAUGUGACCUGAACAUUGACAUUUUACAAUUGGAUAUAAAUGGACUCAUUGAAUUUCAAUGUAAGAGGUAGUGUUUCAGUGCAAUGUGUAUUUCUUCUCCUCACGUCCCUUGUCGUGGAUUCAUGAAUACAUUCAAAUCUGUGGUGAUCAUCUGGGAAACAGCCCUGUAAAUUCCUGCUCCACUUUUUAAGCCCCCCAAAAGUUCAUCCUUUUAUCUGCGGUUUCUGGACUUCCACGGAGACCCUCAUGGCUCCGUAAUGUUCACCUCCUCCAGCCAUUGAACACAGAGCCUCUGGCCCCCACCAAUCAGAUUUCUUUCCCAUAGAGCACAAGUUACCCUGACAACAGCGAGUAAUGAAUGCCCCUUCAAUUCGGUCCUAAUUGCUGAGUGGCAUUUCCCAUUUCUACUCUUGCCCUCCUCUUAUUCUCUGUUUUAUCUGGAAAUCCAACCGGCUCAGAUUGGAGCACAGUAUCCUCCUUCACACCAUGAUGUAAAUUAGACAGAGACCCUGUCAGCGUGCAUCAGUUUCCUUUUCUUUUGUCAUGUAAGAGUUUAUUUUCUAUUUUUAUGACAUUAUUUUGUACAUGUGAUUUUUUUCACAAUGUGAAAUUCAUGGCUAAUAAACAUAAGAGUUUUUUCCUCUU